AUGUCGGAUUAUCCAUACUAUGGCGCGGCCUAUGGCAAUCGCGACCAGUCGAACAACCCACCUUACCCUACCUAUCCAAAUCAGUCCGCAUAUUAUCCGCAAGAUGAUGGCCGAUCAGGGCAGCAUACGAUGACUCAAGGAUAUGAUAAUACAAUGGCAUAUGGCUAUAAUCAACAACAACUUCCAAACUACAGCGCGCCCGCUAUGCAGAAUAAUAUACCCCCAGUCCCAGUCUUCCAGGGCUGGAACCAAGAAAACUCAUCUAUGCCCCAAUACAAUGCAGCGCCGCAAGGCAUGCAUUCUUAUGCUGGGUACAAUCAUCAAAAUUAUGCUCAAAAUUCGCAAUACUAUGCACCAGUGGCUGCCCCGCAGCCAACUUAUCAUUCUCAAACGCCCGCAUAUGGUAACGUUAAAAACCGCGAAAUGAGCGAAGGAGAGUAUGAUGAUACUUCUGCCCACAUGCACGCAGCAGCCCCGAAUGCUUCAAUUGGCGCACCGGGCUCAAGCCACUAUCGCGGGAUUGAUGGCAAUGGCUAUCUUGAUACUGCCCAUCGCGCUGUCUAUCCAACAGGCCAAGAUCCUGCUCCUCAGCAGCCGCCACCGACUCUUCGCAAUGCAGCCGAUUAUUAUAAUCAACGUCAACCUUCGGCCUCGUACUCCCCUUUCGUAGCCCAAAGUGAACCAAUGUUUGACCAAAUCAAGGAUACAGGCGCAGGUAAGGGAGCAUUGAACACAAAGAGAGGCGGUGCACAGAAAAAAUCAAAGCCUCAAUCACCGGUAGGAGAGCCUAAUAACACUGCAUCCAAAUCUGGCCAGGAAAGUAUCCCCUCUUGCACGAAAGGUCAGGUAUUAGAGACCGUUGGAAGUGCUCACCCUUCUCAAGCUGAUGCAUCCAAUAAUACCGUUACUUUCAAAACUGUCGCUGAAGCUCGUAAAAAAGCUGAAGGCGCCAUACUGAAUCUUUGGUCGUAUGAUGUUCGGUUCCCAGCCUAUCUUGAAGAAGGGGUUGAUGAAAAGCUAGUCGGAGAAUUGUUUGAUGAACUUAGAUUGCCGAAAACUGCAACGAAAACUAUCAGUGCAGCUUCUGCGCGAAGUCCCUCCACCAGUGUUUCUUCUGCGCCUACGUCUGGCCUCCCUGCCACUAGUGGACAACCCAAUGGUCAGGCUUCAGCCACAAACUCUGCAGAUAAAUCUAAACAAGCUAUGACUAAUGGAGCAGGCACUGCUCCUUCUGCAACUGCGCAACCGAAGAGUGCAGCCGCCGUUGAGAAAGAAAAAACAAUGCAGGCGAAGAUGGACGCUCUCAGGAAAUCGAGAGCUGAGCGAGCCCAGAAGAAUGCGGCAAAGUCUGUCACAACGGCCACUACUAGUAUUUCAAGUCCAAUUGCUCAAGCUAAACCAGCCACAAUUCCUCACGUGCCUGCUUCGGUUUCGAAUUCUACAUCCUCUCCUGGAAAAGUUGAUGAAAAAAACAAGGUUGGUACUGCAGAUUUAAGUAGCUCAACUUCAAUUCCAGCUUUGACUGUCAAAACACAAUUUUCCCAAUCGAACGCACCACCAAAUAUUCAACAGACCUCUCAAAAGAUCCCGGGUUUGUUCUUAGCUUCUGCCCCACCCGCCCCAUCAUCUGUCCCACAAACUCUCAUGCCAGCCCCGGUUCUCAAUGGGCAGCGCAAACGUCCAGUAGCUGCUGACUUUGAUGGACCUUCGACAUCCCAAAUACCGCUCAAGCGACCCUUUGGCCAAAGUCGGGUGGAGCCAAAACCGUUUGUCAUUUGUGUCAGCGAGGAUGAAGACGAGUCCGACGAAGAUGUCGAAAUGGAAUUGGAAUCUCAGGCUGAUGCAGAUUCUCCUGUUCAAACUCCUCGCAAGCUACCCGAACAAAAGGCAUUGCCAACAGCAUCUUCCUUUCUUCCACCAAAACCAUUUACUCCACCUCCUACAUCGUCGGCUAGCACCCCGCCAAAUUUGCAAAGUUCCAUCAAGCCACAUCCUGAGGAUCUUCGACGCAAGGAAAGCGAAAUUGAGCAAUUGAAGAGAAAAAUUGCUGAAGCCGAAAUGAGGAAGGCAAACAAGAGAACCAGCAGUGGUGCACAAACUCCCAUUAAUAACGUCGCAGCUAGUAUGAGCAACAUCGGCCUUAUAGCCAAUAAACCAGAUUCUUCAGUCGAAAUACAGAAGGGAGCCAAUGUUUCCAAGGAUAAAGCACAAUCAAAUGCAGCUCAAGCUGCUGAGCUUCAAAAAGCUGCUGACAUUCGAAAAGAAGAGGCCGAACUCAAACGACUCCGAUGUGAAAGAAUUGCGAGCGCCAUUCCCCGUGUGGAUGCUGAAGCUUUACAAAACCAAGCGAGACUUGAGGAACUUCGUGCCGAAACCGCCAGAAUCGAAGCGGCGGUGCAAAAAAACCUUCAUGACAAACAAAAGCUGGUUGAGGAAAUGGAAAGACUAAGUCAGGAAACCGAUCAACAAUUGCAGAAGCAAAAAGAAAAGUUGGACAGUCUCACACGUGAAGAAACAAAAGACAAUCCAGCUGAACCACCCCUAGCUUCUGCUCAGCCAGACUAUGAGCCAGAACCACAAAGUCUCGCCGAAUCCGAGCCAAAAUCUGCAUCAGUUCCCAUGGAACUAGAUGACCAAAUCAAUGAUGCUCACGACGCAACGCAGCAACAACUACAACAGCAACAGCCUGAGCAAUCCCGUACUACUGAUGUCACUACCGCCUCCCCAAUCUCUGUACCUCCGACCCAACUUGAUAGUGCCGGUGAUAUGGCACAUAACACAACCGAAGACCAUUCUUUUGAGGUCAAAGAAGCAUCCGAAACCAACCAAGAUCUUGAGGCUGCGCUACAAGAAGCCGUGCGCGCGGACGCAGACUCUACUGGUCCCAGUGACGUCGAAAUGGAAGACGGCAAUGCGCCUCCUAUGCAAGUUAUAGACGCGACUUCCACACCCGAUGAAGAGAAAGCAAGCUCCGAUUAUUCACCAGUUCUUGAGCGUUCUCAGCCACUCGCAGCUUCGUCAACACCUAACCUUCCUGAUAUGGUAGAUGCCCCAGAGGUCGCUGAUGUAGACUCGGAUAACUAUGAGCCCCCAGAGGCCACUCCUGCUGCUGAUGAGACCUCGUCGGUGGCGUCGUCUCCAUUCAGCCCCGCUCCACCAGAUUCGGUUAUUGAUGCAGCAGAAGGUGGCGAAUUGCCAGAGUUGUCAAACGGUGACUUAAUGGAUCUUGAAAUUAUCUCUAAUGGCGUAGAACAAAGUCUGCCAGCAGAAGAUGGUAGUGUCCCUCAACUAACAGAAAAACCCCUUUCUAGCGACCCCAAUAGCUCAAGCUCUUUUACACCAUAUGAAAGCCCUUUGAGAGUGUUCCAUGCAUUUCGGUUUCAUCCAGAAUAUAAGCAACGAAUUCCGGGUGGGCUGAAGUCUAUCACUUAUACUAACAAGAUUGAUGCGAAGAAAGAACUAUGUCGAUACGAAUUGAUGGGAGGAAUAUGCAAUGAUAAUACUUGCGAUUUUCAGCAUUUUAGAGAAAUGGGACUGCCUGAUGAUGCUGUUCUUACGAAAUUGGGAUCCCCAGACGAGUUCGAAGGAGAACAACGAGAUAGGUUUAUUGAAGGUUUGAAAUCAUUACUCUCGGACCUGCGAGCAAGAAAAAUUAAAGACUUUGAUGCCAUUGCCUCAGAGAUUGUUGCACAUCGUGCCAAAUUUCUAGGCGAUUCAUCAAAGGUACUCAGCCUCGAAGGCACGACACUUUAA